CUCAAUACCACACCCCUUUCUAAUGAAAUGAAACCCCCCUACAGAACAUAAAGUUUCCUGGCUGUAAGACAGUUACACGCAGAAUGAGGAGGUUCACUUUAAUAACAGCAGUGGUUUUCUGCAGCCGCAGCUGGAUCUCAGCUUCUGAGUUUCAGACUGUGGAGGUCCAGCAAGAGGUCACACUGCAAUGUUCCAACAUUUCUGUCUAUCCAACGCAGACAGACUGGUUCAGAGUGGUCAAUCAAACUAAGCCCAGCUGUGUUUCUUCUAUGUAUGGAUCGGACAGCGAAGCGUCAUUCUGUCAUGGAUUUAGAAACAGAAAUUUUAAUAUGAGUUCCAACGUCUCUUUUGUCUUCCUUCAAAUCAAGCGAGUGGAUUUAUCUGAUGCUGGGCUGUAUUUCUGUGGAUUUUACAUCAAUGGGCACACAGUCAUUUCCAACGCAGUUGAGUUAAGAAUUCAAGACAAUGAACCCAGAGAAGAGGAGGAUUGUAAUAAGACUGAUCAAGAGCCCAGUGGAACGACAAACCACGCAAUCAUCGCCCUUGGAGCUCUGACAGGUCUGCUCACUUUAGUGGUCGUUAUUCUGGUUCUAAAAAUCUGGAAAUAUCAAAAAGCUGCUGGAGAGCAAAAAGAAAAUAACAAGAACAUGACUUCAGACAAUCUGAACUACGCAGCUCUGAAUUUCCAGAAAAAAGCCAAAAGAAGCUGCAGGCCUGUGGCACAGAGAGAGCUGGAGCCUCAUGUUGUGUAUGCUGCUACAAGAUAAACUGAGGAAGCGCCUGGAGCUCCAGCUCUGAACAGAAUAUAACUUAUUCCUGUUAAUUUUCUGAUGAUUUUUUUCUUUUUGUUUGUAUGUGUUGUGGUUCACAUAAAUGUCUUGCAAAGUAACUAAAUAAAUGUGCAUCCAGUCCA